GGGAAACUCACCUUGACUCUGCCUUAGUUCUGUGGCGGCAUCCGGGUGUUGCUCCACUGUCUCAUCUUGCGUCUCUAUUACUUGCAGCGGCCCGUCACCUUCAUAGAGGAGGGGUGCGCUCAUGCACCGCGUCAUUCCCACCUUGUUGAGUGUGUGCUUGAGCUCUAAUAGCAUUGAAAGGGUCCGCUUGCCUUCUUGUGCGGAGGAUUAUCCGUUGUCAUCAGCGAGGACAGUACACUAUGUUUGACGAGAACUUCACCUUCGACACACCAAGGUCGCCGUCCCUGGACUCCAGUAACUCUCCGUCCACGCGGGCUCCGUCUCGAUCAGUAUCACCCUGCUCGCCAACGACACCCUUCCCAGCUCCAAGCUUCUCAGUAACCGAUCUCGCGGCGCAAUUUGGAAACUCUCGGAUCGAGCGAAGGGCACAGAUAUGCUACGACUCGUGCGCUGCAUAUGCGGCGUGCGAUGACGAUGCUGGGUGGUACGUCGGACCGUCUAUUGAUGACGACAACCUGGACAAGGCUCCGACUUCAUACUCAAGGCGCGAUUCAUUACGCCCAGCAAGACCGCACUCUCCGACACAACGCUCACGGCGACAAUGCAAUGCUCGACUACUGUGCUCAGCGUCACAUCACCGCGAUAUCGCUGCGCUCGUUGCGCGCAUGGUCGAUUCGGGAGAGCAAUGCUCAGUGUCCGCGUCGAGCAACGUAGCUAUGGAUGCGGAAGACGAAGGGUACGACAGCAGCAGUCAAAGUUUGACGCCUGCGCAGUCGCGCCGGUCAAGCCUCGCGAUAACGGGCAAGAAGCAAGACGGCAGACGGCUUUCUAGGGACACAAAGAGCGCAGGCGCCUGCGUCAGCAAGACCGCACGUCUUCGGCGGGACAGGAACUCGCUUUCGCGGCAAAAGAGUGCGUGACGGAGUCAGAUGAUGUAUAGAUAAGAAAGAUGAUACCCACGAAAGGCGGAGGCCUAGACGGUCAUGGCCAUUGUCAUUGUAUAGCGAGGCGCUUUGGCAUUUGAGCUGGUGGUGGUAUCCGCGAGCAAGGCCGAGAAGUCCUUGGUCUGCGUUGCGUAAAGCUGUUCAGUGGCAACUACGAAACUUCGCCCUCACCGCAUCGAAGCAGUGAGUCGCUGCACUGUCAAGCGUACAUAGUCUGAGAGCUAUGACCGCACAUUUGGAACAUGGGACAAGUACGACAACUUCGGUUAAUCGUGAAGACGUGCUAUUACUAUUGCAUUAAAUAUUUAUGUUCCAGUCUCGCUAUGCACUUUCCAUGCAACCUCAAGCACCUUUUGCGCGUAACCCUAGCGCCGCCCGCUAAUGUAUCGUAAGGUAUCGUCUCACCAAAGAUAUCGUUAAAGGAUCGUCAGAACCG